AAGAGCACGCAAACUGAAGCAUCCGACUUUAUUUAUGUUAGUAUGAAGUACAGUUAACGUUGUCUUCCUUCCAGGAAGUAAAGAAAGAAACAUGUUUAAAGCAUUAAGAUAUGGAGAAUGGAAUAAUGUAGGUCCAGUCAGGGACAGAUAUUAGCUUUGUGGACUCUGCUGUUUAGAAUGAGACUGCUUUGAAGACUUGUUUUCACGUUUUUGUCCUGUACUGAAGUGGAGAUGUGAUUUACUGCUUGCUGAUAACUGUAGACUUGGAGUCUUUGAAGAUUAUCGUACUCUGUCCUUCUCUAUUUCCAGCAAAUGCACGAUUGGACAGUAGAGAUGGAGUCCGUGAUGUGUAACUGCUAGAACUGAUUCCCGGAGUGCAGGGGGCAUGGGGGAGAGACUGGGGUGGUCUGCUGAUGCAGACACAGAUCCCCCUGUUCUUACACUGCCAGACAACACUGGGACAACAAACUCUGUCGGAGAACACCAUCUAAGUGAUGGAGCUGCCGAAUCUUUCACUGACAAUGGAGACCAGUGUGAGGAAAAUGAUACUGACACUGUCACUGGCAUGUCACGUCGCCAUUCUGUUCUUGUGGUGUUAAUACUGUUUUACAUCAACCUGCUGAAUUACAUGGACAGGUUCACCGUUGCAGGAGUACUGCCUGAAAUCCAGACAUACUUUAAUAAGAAUGACAGCGAAACUGGCUUGCUACAGACAGUUUUUAUUUGCAGUUACAUGGUGCUGGCACCUGUCUUUGGUUACCUAGGAGAUCGCUAUAACAGGAAAAUAAUCAUGUGCUGUGGAAUAACCUUCUGGUGUUUGGUCACCUUGGCUAGUUCUUUCAUUACUGAGCAGCAUUUUUGGCUGUUGCUACUAACUCGGGGGCUUGUGGGAGUCGGAGAGGCAAGCUACUCUACCAUAGCUUCCACCAUCAUUGCCGAUCUGUUUGUAGCAGACCUCCGCAGUCGGAUGCUUUCAGUCUUCUACUUCGCCAUUCCAGUCGGCAGUGGACUGGGCUACAUUGUGGGAUCGAAAGUGAAAGACGCCACUGGAGACUGGCAUUGGAGUCUCAGGGUGACUCCAGCCCUUGGUGUGCUAGCAGUGGGGAUGCUGAUCUUCUUUGUGAAAGAGCCACCCCGUGGAGCAAUGGAACAUGGCGCAAAUAGGCAGCUUGUCAACACAUCCUGGUUUAUCGAUGUCAAGGCACUAAUCCACAACCCCAGUUUUAUCCUUUCUUCCCUGGGCUUCACAGCCGUGGCAUUUGUGACAGGAGCACUAGCUUUGUGGGCUCCCACUUACCUGAUACGAUCCCAAGUUGUACAAGGCACAGCUAAACCUUGUAUCAAGCAGCCAUGCGUCUCAAAUGACAGUUUGAUCUUUGGAGUUAUCACAUGCAUAACUGGCUUCCUGGGUGUAGGUUCUGGUGUGGAGAUUAGUAAAUGGUACCGAAAGAGGAACCCUCGUUCCGACCCUCUGGUGUGUGCUGCUGGCCUCCUCAUUUCUGCACCGUUUCUCUACCUUGCCUUGGUUUGUGUAGUUAGCAGUAUUACAGCCACUUAUGUAUUUAUCUUUAUUGGUGAAACCUUUCUGUCUUUAAACUGGGCACUUGUGGCUGAUAUUGUUCUGUAUGUCGUCAUCCCAACACGUCGAGCCACUGCCUCUGCCCUGCAGAUCGUUCUAAGCCACUUACUGGGAGAUGCUGGGAGCCCCUAUAUCAUUGGUGUGAUAUCAGACCAGAUACGUGCAGUGAGACCGGAUUCCUUUUUGUCAGAAUUCCGCAGCCUGGAGUAUUCCCUCAUGAUCUGCUCAUUUGUCAGCGUAAUUGGUGGAGCUUUCUUUCUCGCCACUGCUGUUUUUAUUGAGAAUGAUCGCAAGAAAGCAGAACUUCAAAUAAAAGGUGCACUAACAAUAAAUGAUGACGACGUUGGGGUCCACGUUCCCCCGAAUGGGACAACAGCACAGCUGCCUGUCUCCAGUGACUUUAUCUGUUGAAUGGAAGAAGAUGUGACACCUCUUUUGUUAGACCACAUCCUUAUAGAAGUCACAGACCUGUCUCUGGCAAGAAAAGGUUCUUUAUUGUAUUUAUCAGUGACAGGUUUUCAGCAAACUGACAGAGCCUAAGAAAAUGCACAGAGUUAAUUAUGCUUUCCAGCAACAUAGACAAUCUGUUUGUGUGCCUUAAUUAAAAAGAGAGGUGAUCUUCUUUCUUAACUUGCUAUAUUUUUCUUAAGGAGCUCCCGAGGAACUUGUGGAAUGAUCCUUGCUGUCUGUGGUCUUGACAGCUUCUCCCACUAGUUAUGUGACAUUAUAGUAACAGUUAUUUUGAAGUAGGAAAAUAAAAUGCUGCUCAUAUUUCCCAGUGGAAUCCUUACUUGUUUUUAACUGAUUUAAUAAUAAGAAACACCCAAAACAUUGGUGCAAGAAGACUGUAAUUUUACAGAAGGUUGCAAAUCACACAGCGCUAAAGGGCGAAGAGUACUAGGUUUGAAGUAAAGGACAGACACUACCAUGAGCCCUAUUUCAGUCUGCAACUUUUUUUUUCCUGUGCUUCCCAUACUUUUGGCUGUCUGGUGGUACAGCUGCUUUUACACUGCAGGCAUCCCACUUGAAAAUGGAACCGUUGAGGAUUGGCACAGUUUCUCUGACUAAUGACGAGUACUUACAGUGUGACUUAACUGUUACUGCAUGUCUUGGCAAUUGGAGAUGUGAGUAUUUAGAACUUUGUCCUUGGCCUAAAGAGACAUCAGCUUGUACCCGUGGCAUAAUAGAGUUCUUCUCAUAUGCAGAGAACUCUUCCAGUGGGUCUGUGGCAGCAGUGGUUUUCUGGACUGCAGGCCCCCCACACCUUCACCUCAUGAAGGAGAAGAAAGAAGACUCUCCUUCUUCCUGGCUGGCCCUAAUGAACAUUUUUUCCCCCACAACUAAAUCUUGUAACCUUUCCAGUAUAGCAGUCAAGAAGGCUGAAAUUAUUUUUUCCUGCCUGGUUUUGCAUUGAGAAAGUGAUCGGUAACUAAUGUUUUUUGUAUAUUCACAGGAGUGUGCCCAGGGUAGUCUCUACUCACUACAGCUGUUGGCAUCACUAAGUAAAUUCUUAUCAAUCUUUUUCAGCUUACCUACCAUCUGUUAAUGACCUUCCUUACUUUUAUGGUUCAAAUAUGCCUUGUAGCUUUACCACUACAUGAAUACCAUUUGUUGUAGUGUCCUGCAGACCCUGCCUUCCCUGUAGUAUCCAGAAAUUGUAAUAAUUUUCUUCAGGUAGUUACAAAUUCCUGCAUUAUUUCCCACCUGCGUUGGCCUAAUGUGCUUAAUGGCUCCCAUGCCUGUUCCCAGUUUGCCCAUUUGUUCUUCUUAACGUGGUGAGAACUAGUCUCGUUCAUUCCCAGGACAGGGUGAGAACUCUACAGCCUACUCGUAUGUUGACACAAAUGUGAGCCUAAAGCUAAGAGUUCAGGGUUGCAGAGUGAACACGUCUGCAGUCGUGUAUUUGACUUCAGCAAUUGCCUGCUUGGAUGGGCAUUACAUAUGGAUGCUACUUCCCAUACUGCUCCCAGGGUGGGGCUAUUGCUAAUGGAGAUACAGUUGUCCAGUCUUACAAGGGAACCAACAAUAGGUCAACCCCCAAAAAUAGGCCUACCUAUUUCCAACAAUCCAGCUCUAGUAGAUAUCCAUGAUGCUAAUCAAACCAGGUCACUGCACUGUAAUAAGGGCUUUACUUCACUACACCAGUGGAGCUGGCCCCAUUUCUGCAUAUAUACUUUCUUCAAAUGGAGGUAUUAGCCUGCUUCAGUGAUGCACCUUACCUACCAUUAAGUUGUAUCCUUUGUUAUGUCGCUAUGUUGUAAAUUACAGAGAUGUCAUGGCUGUAGAUGAGGACACUCUCCAAUACCAGAACCUCUCACACACCUAUCUCUUGGAGGGACUUUGUUACAGGAUCCUAUAUGGGAGUGUGCCUUCUUUAGCAGCUAUGAGAUAAACUCUGUGAUUUGAUGUGUUUGUUAUUGUAGAUGUUGCCAUACAUACAGUGCACUAGGCUUUGUUUUGUGUCAGCACAGACUUGUUUAGUAUCUCUAAUCAGGGUUUUGCUAAGCUGCAAGGCAAUAUAGGAGUACUUCUGGGAUAACAAUGUACUUUGAAAUGGAGUGAAGCAUGCUGUCAAAAGCUGACCGCUUUUACAAGUGUCAUUAUACCAUUGACAGUUAUGAAAUAUGUUCUGAAGUUAGUUAUUUUUUAGUUCUUUUUUAUUAUUACUUGAAUAAUUUAAACAUUUCACAUUAGAAAAGGGGAACCGUUACUAACUAACUGUAAUUUUGAUGACUGGCCAGCAGAUGGCAGAUUAUGCCUCCCUACAAGGACGUAAACUAGCAUACAUCAGUAACUGACUUGCGCUCUGGGACCAUUUUUCAGCACUGGUGCAUACUUCUAAAACACUUGUCAGUAAGGGGCACAGGUCUGCUUGAAAGACAUAACUGCUAGGAGCACAGACCCUUACGUUAAGAAACUGCUUUAUCCACGUUGCUGCACUGAAUAUUGAUCUGUGUAACUGCAGCUCUUCGACAUGCAUGUACGUAUGUGUGUUAUGUAUGUGCUGAGUUCAUCUUUCCCCAAUAAAUACCUGUUUGUAGCCUACAGUUGUGGGACUCUAGGACUGAUGGCACAGUAGCUGAAGCACAUCAUCUGUGUGAUUCUAGGGUAAUGCACAUGGACACUAGACUUGCAUGUUGCUGUGUGAUGUCAUGCUCUGUUUACCGCAAGUAAUACAGAUUAAUGGUGUUUGCUUGCUGUCACACUUAGUGGAUAGAAUGGAGCAGAUUCAAGACUGUAGAUUAACAGUAAAUUUAUUAGCAGCAGCACCACGUGCUGGAACAGACUGAAGACACGUUUAAUUUUGUCUACAAACCCAGGUGAAGGGAACUGGGAUAGAUUAGGUAAUGAAUGAAUUGAGGUUUGCAUUCCCUGCUGUGUCUACUUAAACUUUCAGACUGAGCUAUUUAGCAGUGGAUAACACUGAAAGUGUAUUUUUUUAUCCAUCUAUUUCAGUAACAUGAAUUCUGGACUUCUUUAAAUGACUGCAGUACAAGUCUAGUGCUGGAAAUGAAGGGUAGACACACAGAUCCUUAUUAGUUGUCUUGUGUUGGGAUGGAUGAUGUUGAGGUUUGAGCCUUUACUGUGAUACAGAUUGAGCAGCGAGUCUCUGUUCAUAGUACUACCUUGGGAUAUAAGAUGCAUUAGGGCCAUUAAUCAGCAACCUAUGUAUUGGAGGGGGAUCUGUGAGGGGCUCCAUUAUGAAGGUGCGCCCUCUAGUAGAGCCAAGAGAGGAGCGUCCUGAACCAUGUACCACUGAUGAAAGCUACAAGUUGAAACUGGUCUGGUGUUUAGAAUAAAUUUUCACGCACUCCCAAGGUGCUGGCUGUUUUUUUUUUAUGUUUAUCAUUUGCAUAUAUCCCAUGUGCCUCGGACACAAGAGGUUUGAGAGGUCACUCAGUGGACGUUCUAGCUUAGCUGGAGUUUUCAUUUAGUUUUUAAUGUACAAAUAUGGGAAAAGUUACCAUAUGUAGACAGUAGGGGAUGAGUAAUUACAUUUUCAUUUGAAAGUAACCGUGUGCUCUGAUUUAGAGCUAUUGUUAAACAAGUGAAAUGUUAAUGCAUUUGGAUCUUGAAAGCAUGAGGGAAAUCUGGAUUAAAAAACAAAAUGUCUCAACUUUAGGAAAAGGGAUAGAGUCACUCAGGACAGUAGUGAUAUUGACUGUAAUAAAUUGUGUGACAAAUGUAAAUCAUGAUUCGUAUCAUGUUGUUAUUCUCUUGGGAGGAAUUGUUCUCCUGCUGUAUUGCCCUAAAGCUGGGCUAUUUGUAUGUAAUCUUUCCUUCUGAUUUUGUACUUUAUUUGUAUAUGUCAAAGGAAUUAAAAUUAAAUGAUUAAAUUUG